ACAACACCCGCUCCUUCUUCUCUGGCACAACUUACACACACGCUCCCCCCACUUUCUUUCUUUCUUUCUUUCUAGCUCUCUGUCUCUGUAGCUCGACUAAUGUUUUUUUUUAUCUUCGCACCACAGUAACACACUCUCAUUCUCAACUCUGUCAAAAAAAUCAAUCGUCUCCGAGGAGGAGCCAAAAGUAAUGGACGGUAGAGGUUGGCCAUGGAAGAGAAAGUCUUCGGACAAAGCUACGACAGACAAACCAGUUGUUGCAAACGAGUCAACUCCUGUUUGUUCUUUGUCCUAUUUAGCUUCUCUCGAGAAUCAGGAGAAGUGUAAAAAUACAAACUAUGUUCAGAUUACUAUGGAUUCAUACACGCAUAUGAGUAGAAUGGAGGAUCAGGUCAAGUUGUUUGAAGUUGAAGUUAAGGAUCUUAAAGAACAACUCACUCUUGCUCACUCUGAGAUUAAGACUAAAGAAUCUUUGAUUCUUCAACAUGCUAAAGUCGCUGAAGAAGCUGUUUCAGGAUGGGAGAAGGCUGAUGCAGAAACUUUAGCACUCAAACGUCAACUCGAGUAUGUUACACUCUUGAAGCUCACUGCUGAGGAUAGAGCAUCGCAUUUGGAUGAUGCGCUGAGAGAGUGCACAAGGCAGAUAAGGAUUGUGAAAGAUGAGAGUGACCAGAAGCUGAAAGAUGUCAUUCUUGCUAAGACCACUCACUGGGACAAGAUCAAAUCCGAGCUUGAAGAAAAGAUCGAUGAAUUGAGCGAAGGACUUCAUCGAGCAGCUUCUGACAAUGCAGCACUCACUAGAUCGUUGCAAGAACGAUCAGAGAUGAUAAUAAAUAUCCGUGAGGACAAGUCUAAAUCUGAAGCUGACGUCGAGAAGCUGAAGGCUAAUCUUCAGUUGGCUGACAAGGAGAUUAGUUCACUGAAGUACGAUGUUCAUGUUGCUUCAAAAGAAGUAGAAAUCCGAAACGAAGAGAAAAACAUGAGUCUGAGGUCAGCAGAAAUCGCAAACAAACAGCAUCUGGAAGGAGUGAAAAAGAUUGCUAAACUUGAAGCAGAGUGCCAAAGGUUAAGAGGGCUUCUGCGGAAGAAGCUUCCUGGUCCUGCUGCUAUGGCUCAAAUGAAGAUAGAAGUUGAAAGCUUAAAGCAUGAAUUCACAGACCCUCGAGCACAGAGAGCUGUAGCUCAGUAUCCAAGUCACAUUGCAAAGGGAGAGAUUUCUGCUGAUCCUAAGUUGGAAGAGUGCAAAAGAGAGAAUGCAUAUCUCACGAGGCGUACAUUGGAGAUGGAAGAGGAGAUUGAGACACUUAAAGAACAUCUAGCUGCGCGUAACAAUGAACUGCAAGUUUCAAGAAAUGUAUGCGCUAAGACUCUUGGAAAGCUUAAGAUUCUUGAAGGGCAGGUGCAAAUGUUUCACAAUGACAAGAAUGCUCCGAAAUCAAAUAGCAGAAAUCUUUCAGAAAGUCCAUCCAGUGGUCAUGAUCAUAACUAUCCGCCUAGUGUCACCUCAGUAUCCGAAGAUGGGUUUGAUGAAGAAGGAAGUUCCUCUGAGUGUGGUCCAGCAACCUCAACAGAUUCUCAUAAAGUGAGAAAAGUAAGUGUUGAUGGUUUUUCAAAACUUAGGAGUUCUAAUAGACUGGAGUUAAUGGAUGACUUCCUGGAGAUUGAAAAGUUGGCAGCUAACGAUCCAGAUAGAGCUAACUCAGCUUCAAAAUCUUCCAACAGUGCCUGUAGUAGUAUAUCUGUUGGCACACAAUCCGUUACUAAGUUCAGGGAGCAAAAUGAGGACACAACAACAGUUGAUCAGCUGUUAAUGCUUCUUCGUUCAAGAAUCAACAGGAUAUUUGAAUCUCAAGAGGGCAUUAGCACCGAGAAAAUCGUUGAAGCAGCAAGAUUUUCGAUCCAGGAGAUGCAAGGAUCAUCACCCAAACAAAUCUCAGGACCUCUGUUUGAAGUUACUGAUGAAACUCUAGAGAAGCAUGUUUUGUCAUCUCAGGAUACCGAAAGCAGCGGAUAUGUAGAGAAAAAUACAAAGAAACAAGAUUUGGAAGCAGCUAUUUCCAACAUUCACCACUUCAUAAAAUCAACUACAAAAUCAACACAACUUCAGGAGAUGAAUGGACGACUACGUGAGAGCUUGGAGGAUUUCUCUUCAUCGGUUAGUAAAUAUUCAAAUGGUGAAUCAAGCCUUUCUGACCUUAUUCUUGAACUCUCUUGCAUUUCGAUUCUAGCUAGUAAUCUAAACAAUGGUGCUUUGAGUCUCAAGCACCAUAGUAAAGAUACCUCUGUUGCAGAGAACAGCAACAAGGUUACAUUGCUAGUUAAAGAGGUUGAAGAGUCAAAUUCUUAUCCACUGGGACAUACAUUUGCUGAGACAGAGGGUCACCUUGUAGAUAACUUGAUUAAUGGUCAGGAGUUGGAUUCAUCAUCAUGCAAGAGCUUGUUGAAAGAGGUGGAACAGCUAAAGUUGGAGAAAGGGAACAUUGCAUUAGAAUUAUCAAGAUGCUUGCAGAAUCUUGAAAUUACAAAGGCAGGGUUGGAAAAAAAAGAACAGCUCAUAUCGGUGCUUAAAUCACAGCUCGCUUCUGCAGAAGAUCUCCAAAGCUUGGCAGAAACACAACUCAAAUGCGUGACUGAGUCAUACAAAUCGCUUGAACUCCAUGCCAAAGAUCUAGAAGGUAAAGUGAAAAGCUUGGAAGAAGAGACAGAAAGACUUGAAAUGGCUUUCUCCACAGAAAAACGUGGCCAUGAGGAGACUCUAGCAAAAUGCAGAGACCUUCAAGAAAAAAUGCAAAGGAAUGAGAGUUGCAAAAAGUGUUCAUCAUCCAAACUCCAACCUAAUCAGGAGCAAGACAUAGCAUCUGCAACAGAGAAGCUUGCAGCUUGCCAAGAAACAAUACUCUUACUCAGCCAACAGUUACAAUCCUUACAACCUCAGAGCAACCACAACAUCCCCAAAUCUCAAUCCCCCGAGAAGACGCUUCAACAGCACGUUACCUCAGAAGCAACACAAAACUCGUCACUACAUGAUCAUAUCAUCCAACCAUCUCGUUCAGUUAGACACACGGUGAAUCCAACAGUCCAUGCGAUCAUCAAGUCUAGCUCUGUUUCUUCAUCAUCCAAAGAAGAUAAUGAGAAGCAUACGCGCGGAUUAGGACGAUUUUUCUCCUCUAAGCAGAAGAACAAUGGACGUUAAAACGCUAAGAGAUAACACACUCAUUAUCUUUUGGUUCGUUUGAUUUUCAUCUUCCCUUCUUGGUAUUGUGUAUAUGUUCACAUCCGUUUUGAGUAUUUGAGAAGAUAACAAUUCUAAGGAAGACCAAUCUUCCUCUUCUUUA